UUGUUCUCAGUGCGUCAACUCGUCAAAUGUGAUUAAUUUCAGCUGUGGACAUUUUAUUACAGGACAAAGGCAACUUAUCGCGAGCGGAGGAUCAGAUCCGUGUUUUACCUGCGCUGUGGUGAACGGAUGAACGGAUGAACUGAUGAACUUUACAGGAGAGAUUUAAUGAGACUGUAAUUCAUUAACAUCACGUUGGAUCGGAUGGGUGUACCGUCACCUCACUGCGGCCCACAGUUGUAUAUGUGUGUUUAGGACUCGAGUAAAGUAUCUGGACCAGCUGUGGACCCGGACUACAGAAGUGCCUAGCCCACCACCAUCAUGGCCUCUGCCACCUCCACCCCCGCUGCCGCCUCCAGCGGCCGCUCCAGCCGCUCAGCCAGCCGCCGCAGCGCAGACCCCGGCCUGCCCACCUCCAGCACCAGCCCCCGGCUGUCCCGGGUCCAGGAGAAGGAUGAGCUCCGACACCUCAACGACCGGCUCGCUAACUACAUCCAGCGGGUGCAGGAGCUGGAGAGUGAGCGGUCUUCUAUAUUGUUUCAGCUGGAGGAGAAAGAUGAGUCGAAGAGCCGGGAGAUGGGCAACGUGCGGCGGCUGUACGAGGAGGAGUUGGCCGAUGUGAGAAAGUCCCUGGAUGUCCUGGCCGGAGAGAGGGCCCGGCUGCAGAUCGACUAUGGGAACCUCUGCGAGGAGUACAGGAAACUGCAGACCAGGAACCAGAAGAAGGAGGGUGAUCUGGCGAAUGCGUUGGCCCAGUGGAGGAAACUCGAGGUGUCUCUGAGCUCCAAGGAUGCUGAGUACACUAAGCUGCUGUCUGAGAACAGGAGACUCAACGAUGACUUCACUGAUCUGCAGGGCCAGCUGGAAAAUGUAGAGGGUGCACUGGCAGACACAAAGAACCAGCUGAGCUCUGAGAUCCUGAGGAGGGUGGAGAUGGAGAACCAGGUGCAAACACUCAAAGAACAGCUGGAGCUUCAGAGGAACAUCAGCGAGCAAGAGAUGUUGGAGAUCCGAAGCCGACACGAGAGCCGUCUGGUGGAGGUGGACUCAGGACGACGGACGGAGUUUGAGAGUAAACUGGCCGAGACGAUGCAGCAGCUGCGGCAGGACCACGAGUCUCAGCUGCAGCAGUACAAGGAAGAGAUCGAAAGGAAUUACAGCUCAAAGUUACAGAACGCUCAGCAGGCUGUACUGGACAAAAACAACGCUGCGUCAUCCACCAGAGAUGAACUGGAAACCACCAAGCUCAGAGUGGAGAGCCUCAGCUCACAGCUCCAGCAGUACCAGAAGGAUAAAAUGGUGCUGGAGAGCCGCUUCCAGGAGCUGGAGAGGACUCUCGACAGGGAGCGUGAGGUUUGGCAGCAGAGACUCGGUCAGAAGGAGCAGGAGCUGCUGAACAUGAGGAGCCAGAUGUACGCCCAGCUGGAGGACUACGAGAACCUGCUGGAUGUCAAGCUCGCUCUGGACAUGGAGAUCAACGCCUACAGGAAGAUGCUGGAGGUGGAGGAGCAGAGACUGCAGCUGUCACCGAGCCCCUCCCAGCACACAGCUAUACCUCGUAUGUCACAUGAGCACAGCAGCCGCAGGGUCCGAGGGAAGAAGCGGAAACACGAGGGAGCCUCUGGCAGCUCGCCGGCCUAUAAAAUGUCCAGUCGUUCAACAGAGCACGGCACUGUGAGCAUAGCAGAGGUCGACAUAGAAGGAAAAUAUGUUAGACUGAAGAACAACUCUGAAGCGGAGCAGCCACUAGGUGGCUGGGUGGUACGUAGGACGUACCCAGACUCUGGAGACCUCUCCUUCCACAUCCCCUCCUCCUGCAUCCUCACUGCUGGACAGACACUCACAAUCUGGGCAGCAGGUGCAGAGGCAGAGGCUGAUUCAGGGGACCUGAUCCUGCAGGGCCACAGGAGCUGGGGCCCCGUCACUGAUGUACGGGUGAUUCUACUGAACCCCAACCAUGAGGAAAUGGCGGAGCGCAGGGUGUGUAUGCAGCACAGAGGUGACGAGGAAACUGAGCUGGAUUUUGAUGAAGAACUUGUCGCAGGCAGUGAAAUCCAGCACUUUCGCAGACAGCCAAAGAGGAAGAAGAAGAAGUGUUGUUCUGUCUCUUGAGUGCAGAGCAGACAGCGAGCUGUACAGUAGGAUCUAUCUAAGGGUGAGAGCUGUGCCGUCAUGUGAUCACUGCUGUCCGUCUGAAGAACCCGGACCAGCUCUGACCUUGAAUACAAACAUCUGCUCCUAUCUGGCCCCGGUGUUGUCCCGUACAACAAACUCCAGUAGAGACAUUUAAACGUCAGUCUGAGUAUGACGACCUCAGACUUCGCCUUAGAGCAACAGUAUCGACCUCAGUAUUCCUCACUUUGUCUCAUCUCUAACUGCACAAGACAAGAUACAAGCUUUGCCUUGAUUUGAUCUCAUUUAAAUGAAUGUGUGUGUGCGUGUGAAUUUAGAAAUGUUAGCUUAAUAAAGUUAUAAAUACAGUUGGAUCUAC